CCCAGAGCUGCAGCCAGGGCCCAUUUUGAGGGAGGCUUCCAGGUCCAGUCCUCCCGCUGCAGCCUGCUGGUAGCAAGCCGACCUGUCCGGAUGACAUAGAUACUAGGUUUUUACAGCAAUUCUCUGAUGACCUUGAUAUGGUAGAACGCUGUGUAUUUCAAAAGUAAGCUCUCAUUUGAGGAAACUAACAAUUCCUGGUUUUGCCAGCAAUCAAGUUGAAGAAACGUUUCCACUACUUAAAAAGGUACCUCCAAAUUACUUUCAUAUUUGUUCAGCUAUCCCAAUGGGAUUUUCACUUAGUAAAUCUGCUACUCAGGUAUCUGCUAUAUGUAUGGAUUCAAAAGUGGAUGAUCACCUAAUACAAGGGACUGAAAAAAGCAGGCUGGAACCAAUGACUCAGUUAUUUCAAAACACCAAGAAAAUAAGAUUAGAAGACACAAAUCAAGAAAACAUUACAAGGAUUGAAGGGACUGGCACAGGAUCUCUUUCUGAGAAAGCCUUGGGUUCAGUGGUAUACGUCAAAGAAAGUGAUGGACUAGAAGUGACAGAUGUGGAAUGAAGCAAUUUGUAUGUAUUUUCAAUUUGUACGUAUUGCCUUUGAUUACCAGGGGGUAUUGAAAGAGAACUUAACCUUAUUAGGAAACCCUAACAAAAUGACGGAAGACUAUUGCUUUAUUUUUCACUAUUUAUCAAUCAUCUUACACUGCAUUUUUUGAUGAUGCCUAUUCAAAAGGCAGUUGCUUUAAGGAGAAAAAGCCUUCCAAAUUCAAAGCAGAUUUCCCUGAUAUUAUAUCUUUCUUAAAAAUGAGAGUUAUUUAGUAACAGUAUUUGAAUGGCAUCAAAACAUUUCCAUUUUAAUGUAUUUCUUUAACAGGUGGUUAAAAAAAAAAGUGUCCAAGCAGCCAGGCACGGUGGCUUAUGCCUAUAAUCCUAGCACUUUGGGAGGCUGAAGCAGGUGGAUCACCU